UAAACAGAACAGAGCUUCUUAAGUACACGUGUCAAGUCCAUAUCUCCCAAUAGCGAAACCCUAAUUUUCCCAACCCCUAAACCCUGUCUCAGUUUGUCAUGGAGAGGUUUAUCUUAAAGGUUAAAGCUACCAAGCGCUGUGCUUCAUCUUCUUCUCCAUUAAACCUAGGCAGCUGAGAAGGAGAAAAAAAAGGGCUUUUAAUUUUUUUUAUGCCCGAAUCACUUAGCCCUGCCCUUCUCGAAUUAAAGCCUCGCCAAGUUCUCCUCUCAUCGAGACCAGACAUGAAGCACAACACCGCCUCUAAUGGCUCCGCCGAUAAAGCUCCAAUCUUGAAUGGCGACCAGAAGGCUCUUCUCCUCCAAUCGGUUGCUCGGUUCCUGGAGCUCAAUGGGUUCUCCAAAACGCUCAAGAAAUUUCGGUCUGAAGCCGAAAUCAAGAAAGAUGAUUUGAAGGACUCCUUGUUGGAUUUAGAAGAAAUGUACCUCAAGUAUACUGAAAUGUGUAGACAUGGUGCUGGCAAGACAAAUGUUAACGGCCAGAAGGAGCAAGAUAAGCGGACAGAUGGCCUAGCUAUAGAAGAGAGAGGUGGGGACUUGGUUACAACAGAAGCUGUGAGCAAGAAAAUGACCAAAAAGAAUGUCAGUGAUGGACAUGAUAUAGUAAAUGAAGCAGGGCUUGAUGAUAAAGGUGGAAAGGAGAAAAAGAAAAAGAAGAGCAAAUUAGUUUCUGAAUCUCUUCCUGUAGAACAUCAUCAAUUAGAGUCAUUGCCUGUUGCAACUAAACAAAAAAAUGAGGAUGUAGCACCCUCAGAGGGUACAAAUGUCACUGAUUCAAAGACAGAGAAAAAAACCAAGAAUAAGGGGAAGAGGAAGAACAAGUCAGAUGAUGAUUGUGGUGUUGGUAAUCAUGAUAAACAAGGAUUGGAGGACAAGCAAGGGGCUGUUACUACAAGUGGUAAGGAUAAUUCCAUUGCAGUAAAUGCUAAAGAAUCUCAGAUGGAAGAGAAGAGUGUCAAGUCUAAAUCGAAAAAGAAAAAGAAGGGUGAUUUGGCUUCUGAAAGUUUACAUGGUCUAAAUUCAAAGGAUUCUGACACAGGGUAUACAGAUGCAACUGGUUCUCUGAAGGAUGAUAACAAAAUAUCUGAUGUGGAUGCUAAUGACAAGGAUAAUAAAGGUACUAAAAAACGGAAAAGAUUGGUUUCUGAUGAAAAUGAUUCACAGCCUGCAGAUAAAAAAGAAGAAGAAGAAUCAAAACGCAGAAAGGUUGAAGGUUCAAAAGAAUCCAAGGAAAGUGAGCAACAUCAAAACGUGGCUGCGUCCCUAGGAGGUCAUAAAAAUGCAAUGAAGGAGAAUAAAAAAGAAAGUGGUCAAAUUGGUCAGGAAAAUGAGAACAUUGAUAAAGAUGGUAAGAAGUCUUCCGGGCCAAAAAGCACAAAGAAGCAGCAAAAUGGUUCUGUUGAGCCGAAGACUGUCCAUGCAUUUCAAAGGGUGAAAGUUGAUGAGGUGGACUUUGUUGAUGAGAGGCUUAAAGAUAAUUCUUAUUGGGCAAAGGAUGGUGCAGAGAGUGGCUAUGGUGCAAAAGCACAAGAAGUUCUGGGGCAAGUUAGAGGAAGGGAUUUUCGGCAUGAAAAGACCAAGAAGAAGCGUGGAAGUUAUAGAGGAGGGCAGAUUGAUCUGCAGUCACACUCGGUUAAGUUUAAUUAUUCCGACGAUGAAUGACCCCCGCAUAUCCUUUUUCUGGUGCGGCAUAAGUUUUUGAUUUUUGGCAUUGUAGUUGCUUUUUUGAGCGUGUUAUGAAAGCAUCAUUUUUCACGGAACAAAUGGUAAUUCUGGGGUGAUUAAUGUUGCAGGCCAAAUUGUUCCAUCUGUAAACAAAAAUAUUUAAGUUCAUUUCAUCUAAUUAAACUUGUUUUAUUUUAUUUUA